CCCACCAGCUGCUCCUUGGGCCUCCAUUCUGAGCUCUGCCUUCCCCCACUGUACAAGGCUGAGUUGGGGCAGCCUAUCCUCUGUCUCCUGCUUUCACAGGCUGUGAGGCCCCAGGAGUCACUGGGCCAAGGAGUAGGCCAGACCCCUGUGUCUGAUUCCCCCACCCAGGAUCAGGCCAGGGGCAGCUGGUUGGGGUUUGUCAACAAGGAUUAUCCAGAUCAGUCCCUUCUAAUCUCAGCUCCUGCCUGCACCCUCCCAGAUUCACAGAGCUCUUCCCUCACUACUCAGUUAGGGAAUACAGUUUGGGGUUUUGAGAGAAGGGCCAUUGAUUGCCCUUAUACCCUGGCUCCUGGCCUGGUUGCUGAGCAGGCCCUGAUCACCAAGAUCAUGCCCACAGGUGGGGGCCAGGGGCUGGGGCCAUCCCAGGGGACUGCUCCUCUGUUCCCUCCCCAACCCCAAGCCUUAAUCCUCACAGCUUUGCUCUGAUCCAUGGUCUGAUGCUCUUAUCUCUGCCUGCAGACUGACCAGGGAGGGACCCUAUAUCCCCCUCCACCCCCCUGGCCCUGUGUGGGGCCCGCUCCUGUCUCUAGUGCACUCUCCUGCCCCCACCCCUCCUCUAAGCUGGCCCAAGUUUCUAGAACCACAUACCUCCUCCCUCCCUGGCCUCACCCCCACCCCUGCCAGCCGAUUUCAUUUGCCUGACGUCGUCGUCCUCCCUGGCCCUACCCUUGCCUGUCAGUGCCCCCCCCCCAACCAGGGCCAGGCCAGGCCAGCUCCUCUGGCGGCAGAGCUGGGGCAGGUGACAGGCAGGCAUCACUGCUGAGGGAGCGAGGAGGCGCCUGGGAUCCAAAGCUGGAAACCUGGGAGAGAUCCAGUCAGCGCCCAAGAGCCGGAGCUACCUCUCAACCUAUCAGCCAUGGGGGAGAUGGAGCAGCUGAGGCAGGAGGCGGAGCAGCUCAAGAAGCAGAUUGCAGAUGCCAGGAAAGCCUGUGCUGACACCACCCUGGCAGAGCUGGUGUCUGGCUUAGAAGUGGUGGGACGAGUUCAGAUGCGGACACGGCGGACGCUAAGAGGGCACCUAGCCAAGAUCUAUGCCAUGCACUGGGCCACUGACUCUAAGCUGCUGGUAAGUGCCUCACAAGAUGGCAAACUGAUCGUGUGGGACACCUACACCACCAACAAGGUGCAUGCUAUCCCGCUGCGCUCCUCCUGGGUCAUGACCUGUGCCUAUGCCCCAUCCGGGAACUUCGUGGCAUGUGGGGGGCUGGACAACAUGUGUUCCAUCUACAGCCUCAAAUCCCGCGAGGGCAAUGUCAAAGUCAGCCGAGAGCUUUCUGCUCACACAGGUUAUCUCUCCUGCUGCCGCUUCCUGGAUGACAACAACAUUGUGACCAGCUCUGGGGACACCACAUGUGCCUUGUGGGACAUCGAGACAGGACAGCAGAAGACUGUGUUUGUGGGACACACUGGUGACUGCAUGAGCUUGGCUGUGUCUCCUGACUACAAACUCUUCAUUUCGGGAGCCUGUGAUGCCAGCGCCAAGCUCUGGGAUGUGCGGGAGGGGACGUGCCGUCAGACCUUCACUGGCCACGAGUCAGACAUCAACGCCAUCUGUUUCUUUCCUAACGGAGAGGCCAUCUGUACUGGCUCAGACGAUGCCUCCUGCCGCCUGUUUGACCUUCGGGCAGACCAGGAGCUGACUGCCUAUGCCCACGAGAGCAUCAUCUGCGGGAUCACAUCUGUGGCUUUCUCGCUCAGUGGCCGCCUGCUCUUCGCAGGGUACGAUGACUUCAACUGUAACAUCUGGGACUCCAUGAAGUGUGAGCGUGUAGGGAUCCUUUCUGGUCAUGAUAACAGGGUCAGCUGCCUGGGGGUCACGGCUGAUGGGAUGGCCGUGGCCACUGGUUCCUGGGAUAGCUUCCUCAAAAUCUGGAACUGAAGAGGCAGCAACAGGAGGCGGAAGGUGGCAGAAGGCAUGAAAACAUUCAGCUGCCCCUCCAUAUCCAAUCCUUUCAAGUUCUCUUCUGUCCCAGAGACCUUCCCAAUAAGCUUUCUCCUUGCAGGGAAAAGGGGAGUACAGAAGUCUGCCUUGGGAGGCAGCAGCAGGGACACAGGGGCAAAGAGCUGCCCCAUCUCCUCCCAUGGCUUCCUUACUGUCUCUCCUGCAUGAGCGAGGACAGCCCAUCCCUUAGCUGCCCUUUGCAGGCCCACCCGCCUUGCAGGCCCAGGCCCCAGUCCCUGGAAAGUACAAGCCACUCAGCCCUGUGAUCACAGCUCUGGCACCUCAGGCUCCUGCCUCCUUUCCCUUCAUGCUUUCUCCUUUUCAACCUUUUGUUUCUUUCUUGAAGCACCUGAAAUAAAGUAUAACACCUUGGUA